UGGAUGCACCUUAACAGAGACGCACAGGCGCAAAUUGUUUUCCUCUGAUCCCUCAAGAACACAUGGACAAUUAUACUACUGUAAAUGAACUCACCGACUUGUAAUUUGUCGUAAGGAAUGACGAGUUGAAGUUAUUACUUAGUCAGCUUCAUCCUAAUAUGAAACGGAUUCCCACUCCGCCCCGUUACUGCUCACAGCCUGUGAAGAUUUAUUUGGCUGUUUUAAAUGAAUCUGCACCCUGGAGGGUGAUUUUAAAAAUUUAUAUAAAAAGACCAUAACAGCUUAUAGCUCACGCACAACCAACUUCUCACCUUGUCGACUACACGUUGUUAUUGACGGACUCUGUCUCAGAAGGAUGUAUUUUAAGACCUGCUCGUUAAUGGGCAGCACCACCGGCGUCGCGCGGUGCAAUAAAUAUCUUCCGAGCUCGUCACUAUAUUUUACCGUCCUCAAUGGCUCUUCCCCUAAAAAAUAACUGGGUCUCGGUAAUUGGAAAUUCGGACCUGCAUCCUGAUGUAGGCUAGGCUAUGUCAUAAUUUUUCCAUCUAAUUCUACACGGGCAUUUGACCGAUAAUUAUGAAUGUAGGCCACUUUGGUUUAUGCCCAUAGGCCUUUGUAAAUGUAUAAUUUUUUCUCUUCACUCCCUAGCCAACAAAACGUAUAUCAAUUGUAAAUCUGCUUGAACAUAUAGGCCUUGUAUGACAAGGUAGAUAAACCACCACCACGCAUAGUUGAAUCGUUACACUUGAAGCUCAUUUUCAUCGAGGCUAGAUGGCUCUAUCACGUUCCGAGAUGCUUCAGCGCAACUCUAGUCAAGUGAACCAGUGGCUUUGCUAGAAUAACUCAAGGAAGGGAAAAAACGGAGUAUGUGAGUAUCUCUAGUCUUGUGCAUUAAUGAGUUUCGCGGCUCUGACUCAGAGCGUGUGGACAAUGGGCGCCCCACAGCUCGGGGUGCAGUUGGAGUGGAUCAAAACAUUCCGGACAACUUUUACCUUCCAACGGACGGAUUCCACGAUGGCACCUCAUGCAUCCUGCGCUGAAACAGCCUAACAGGUCUCUCACCCAGCCCUUCUCUCAUGUCACCGGGACGUUUCCAUGGCGAUGUUUAGCGGCUCUGAGCGCUUCUUCUGGAAUGACUCGGAACAGGUUCCGGAAGACCUCCGCCUCCAUGGGAAUUCCUCUGGUGGUUGGGAGGAGGAUACGGAGCGUAACUACUAUGCCAUGCUGUACUCCCUGCUCAUCCUGGCCAUCGUGUUUGGCAACGUGCUGGUGUGUCUGGCUGUGGUGCGGGAGAGGUCCCUACAGACCACCACCAACUACCUAGUGGUGAGCCUGGCUGUAGCUGACCUGCUGGUGGCCUCGCUUGUCAUGCCCUGGGCCGUAUACCUGGAGGUGGUCGGAGGGGCGUGGCUCUUCAGCAGGAUGUACUGUAACAUCUUUGUCACCUUGGAUGUCAUGAUGUGUACCGCCAGCAUUCUCAACCUGUGUGCUAUCAGCAUUGACAGGUACACAGCGGUGGUGAUGCCUGUCCUCUACAACACCACACACAGCUCCAGGAAGCGUGUCUCGGUCAUGAUCGCGACAGUGUGGAUCCUGGCCUUUGCAGUAUCCUGCCCCCUGCUGUUCGGAUUUAACACAUCAGGUGAGACACACGACCCGACGGUGUGCUCCAUCUCCAACCCUGACUUUGUGAUCUACUCGUCGGUGGUGUCCUUCUACCUGCCCUUCACUGUCACCCUGCUGGUGUACGUCCGCAUCUACGUCUUCCUACGGAAAAGGAGGAAGAGGAUCGCCUUCCGCCAGCUCAAAAGUGGAAAGGUCCAGCCAGGCUCGGCCCUGGCCUCAGUGGAGACGUGUCUGCAGGAGGAAACCCCCAAGGAGAAGAGAGACCUGUCUCCCAUCAGGAUCAAAGUGGAGAGUGUGGAGCCGUCAGUGCCCCCUAAAACUCGCCUCCUGUCGGGGUGCCUGAGGCGUAAGCGCACCCGCACGGCCCCCGUGGAGAACACUCUGCUGCCCCCAGUGGACAUCCAGAACUACUGCAGCAUCAGCCACGCCUCCUGCGGCCACACCGAGCACGAGCAGGACUGCGCCAAAGAAGAGGAGUUGGCCAAAGAGAGAGUGCGUAGACCCGUGAGGAGGAGCUGUGAGGUCAAGGAGUUGUCCAAUGGACGCAUUCACACGGCCCUCCGCCCCGCCCCCUGCUCCCAGUCCCUGGCCGGCCAACAACAACAACAACAUGGAAUCAGGAGCAUGCAGAACAGGGAGAAGAAGGCUACGCAGAUGCUGGCCAUUGUUCUUGGAGUGUUCCUGAUCUGCUGGCUGCCGUUCUUCGUGACUCACAUCCUGAACACCCACUGCAGGACAUGUCGUAUUCCCCCGGAGCUCUACAGCGCCUUCACCUGGCUGGGCUACGUCAACAGCGCCCUUAACCCUGUCAUCUACACCACCUUCAACAUUGAGUUCAGACGCGCCUUCAUCAAGAUCCUCAGCUGCUGAGAACAGAGUUGGUCCAGCAUGACCAUGUCAGGCUAAUGGCCAUGCACCUAAACUGUACUGGACCUUGGGCCCGGCAUACCUGAGUAUGAAUAAGAUGCAUGAGUCAUGGCCUGAGCCUGACUGCAUAUUAUCAGGGGCAAUGACUCUCCUUCAAUAAGAUCAUCUGCUGCUGAGAGGCCAAUAGGUCCACCGUAACCAUGUCAUGCAAGGCUUAUGACCAGUACUGGACCUUAGGCCCGGAACACCUGAUGUGCACACCUGAGCAUGGAUAAUGGAUACUGUACCUGAGGCAUGGAUACAUGAGCCAUGACCCGUCCAUCUUUAGGUUCAAUGACUCGUCUUCAUCUAAAUCAUCUCCAGCUGAGAGGACAGAUCCAUAAAGACCAUGUCUGACCAUGCUCUUCCACUGAACCUCUCAGCACACUAUAGCACACCUGAGCAAGGACUUUCUGACGGUAACACAGGCCCUGCACACCUGAGCUGAACUACAGGUACCGUAUCUGACUUGGCUGCUAGUUAGCUGGGCAAGGACCUGCUCUACCUGUGUUAUACUGUACACAGUGGGCAGGAGACAUGAAGGGAGGGUAUGGGAGUUAAAUUCAAACCAUACAAAUUACUGCUACAAUACUAGUGAUUCAGAGGUGGGGGAAAUACUUUUAUAGAGAAAAGAGGACAAAUGCAACAAAGGAAAUGGAGAGAAGUAGAGUUCCACACAUCCAUAUGACACAAUGUACAGCCAUCAAAAGACACGAAACCCUUUCCCUGCUGCAGGGGUAUUCAACCGGAGGUACUACAGGGGCUCCGCCACAAUAAAUACAAAAUAAAGUGGAAGAAAUACAACUUUUAUUUAAAUGUUGUUGUGACUAUCCCUAGCAACAACAGAUUACACACUUUAAUGACAUACUUCUUCCACAUUUUGUUGUGUUACAGCUUGAAUUUAAAAUGGAUUCAAUUUAGAUUUUUUUUGUCAAUGACCUACACACAAUACCCCAUAAUGGCAAAGUGGAGUUAUGUUUUUAGAAAUUUGUACAAAUUAAUAAAAAACGAAAAUCUGAAAUGUCUUGAGUCAAUAGGUGUUCAAACCCUUUGUUAUGGCAAGCCAAAAUAAGUUCAGGAGUACAAAUUUGCCUAACAAGGAUUUUUGAAUGACUACCUCAUCUUUGUACCCCACACAUACAAUUGUCUGUAAGGUCCCUCAGCCGAGCAGUGAAUUUCAAACACAGAUUCAACCACAACGACCAGGGAGAUUUUCCAAUACCUUGCAAAGAAGGGAACCUAUUGGUAGAUAGGUAAAAAAAAAAAAGCAGACACUGAAUAUCCAUUUGAGCAUGUUGAGCUAUUAAUGAGCUAUUAAUUUGAGCUAUUAAUGACACUUUGGAUGGUGUAUCAAUACACCCAGUCACUACACAGAUACAGGCGUCCUUCCUAACUCAGUUGCCAGAGAGGAAGGAAACCGCUCAGGGAUUUCACCAUGAGGCCAAUGGGGAUUUUAAAACAGUUACAUAGUUUAAUGGCUCUGAUAGGAGAAAACUGAGGAUGGAUCAACAGCAUUGUAGUUACUCCACAAUGCUAACCUAAAUGACAGAGGUUAAAGAAGGAAGUCUGUACACAAUAAAUAUAUUCCAAAACACGCAUCCUGUUUGCAACAAGGCACUAAAGUAAAACUGAAAAUGUGGCAUAGAAAUGAACUUUAUGUCCUGAAUACAAAGCGUUAUGUUUGGGGCAAAUCCAACCCAACACAUCACUGAGUACCACUCUCUGUAAUUUCUGGCAUGGUGGUGGCUGCAUCAUGUUAUGGGUAUACUUGUCAUCGGCAAGGACUAGAGGUUUUUUUAGGAUAAAAAUAAAUGGAAUAGAGCUAAGCACAGGCAAAAUCCUGAACCUGAUUCAGUCUGCUUUCCAACAGACACUGGGAGACAAAUUCACCUUUCAGCAGGACAAUAAACUAUAACACAAGGUGAAAUAUGCACUGCUUACCAAGACAGGACAAUGAAAGUUUCUAAGUGGCCUAGUUACAGUUUUGACUUAAAUCGUCUUGAAAAUCUAUGGCAAGACUUGAAAAUGGCUGUCUAGCAAUGAUCAUCAACCAACUUCACAGACCUUGAUUUUUUUAAAGAGUAAUAAUGUGAAAAUAUUGUACAAUCCAGGUGUGCAAAGCUCUUAGAGACUUACCCAAAAAGCUGUAAUCACUGCCAAAGGUGAUUCUAACAUGUAUUGACUCAGGGGUGUGAGUAUGUACACUACCGACUACCGUUCAAAAGUUUGGGGUCACUUAGAAAUGUCCUUGUUUUUGUAUGAAAAGCACAUUUGUUGUCCAUUCAAAUAACAUCACAUUGAUCAGAAAUACAGUGUAGACAUUGUUAAUGUUGUAAAUGACUAUUGUAGCUGGAAACUGCAGAUUUUUUAUGGAAUAUCUACAGUCAUGGCCAAAAGCUUUGAGAAUGACACAAAUAUCAAUUUUCAUAAAGUCUGCUGCCUCAGUGUCUUUAGAUAUUUUUGUCACAUGUUACUAUGGAAUACUGAAGUAAUUACAAGCAUUUCAUAAGUGUCAAAGGCUUUUAUUGACAAUUACAUGAAGUUGAUGCAAUGAGUCAAUAUUUGUAGUGUUGACACUUCUUUUUCAAGACCUCUGCAAUCCGCCCUGGCAUGCUGUCAAUUAACUUCUGGGACACAUCCUGACUGAUGGCAGCCCAUUCUUGCAUAAUCAAUGCUUGGAUUUCGUGGGUUUUUGUUUGUCCGCCCUCCUCUUGAGGAUUGACCACAAAUUCUCAAUGGGAUUAAGGUCUGGAGAGUUUCCUGGCCAUGGACCCAAAAUAUCAAUGUUUUGUUCCCCGAGCCACUUAGUUAUCACUUUUGCCUUAUGUCAAGGUGCUCCAUCAUGCUGGAAAAGGCAUUGUUCGUCACCAAACUGUUCCUGGAUGGUUGGGAGAAGUUGCUCUCGGAGAAUGUGUUGGUACCAUUCUUUAUUCAUGGCUGUGUUCUUAGGCAACAUUGUGAGUGAUCCCACUCCCUUGGCUGAGAAGCAACCCCACACAUGAAUGGUCUCAGGAUGCUUUAAUGUUGGCAUGACACAGGACUGAUGGUAGCGCUCACCUUGUCUUCUCCGGACAAGCUUUAUUCUGGAUACCCCAAACAAUCGGAAAGGGGAUUCAUCAGAGAAAAUGACAUUACCCCAGUCCUCAGCAGUCCAAUCCCUGUAACUUUUUCAGAAUAUCAGUUUGUCCCUGAUGUUUUUCCUGGAGAGAAGUGGCUUCUUUGCUGCCCUUAUUGACACCAGGCCAUCCUCCAGAAGUCUUCACACGUGCAGAUGCACUCACACCUGCCUGCUGCCAUUCCUGAGCAAGCUCUGUACUGGUGGUGCCCCGAUCCCGCAGCUGAAUCAACUUUAGGAGACGGUCCUGGCGCUUGCAGGACUUUCUUGGGCGCCCUGAAGCCUUCUUCACAACAAUUGAACCGCUCUUCUUGAAGUUCUUCAUGAUCCGAUAAAUGGUUGAUUUAGGUGCAAUCUUACUGGCAGCAAUAUCCUUGCCUGUGAAGCCCUUUUUGUGCAAAGCAAUGAUGACGGCACAUGUUUCCUUGCAGGCAACCAUGUUUGACAGAUGAAGAACAAUGAUUCCAAGCACCACCCUCCUUUUGAAGCUUCCAGUCUGUUAUUCAAACUCAAUCAGCAUGACAGAGUGAUCUCCAGCCUUGUCCUCGUCAACACUCACACCUGUGUUAACGAAAGAAUCGCUGAAAUGCAGGCAAUUUUUUUUGGGGGGGGGGGUUCAGUUCAUUUGCAUGGCAAAGACGGACUUUGCAAUUAAUUGCAAUUCAUCUGAUCACUCUUCAUAACAUUCUGGAGUAUAUGCAAAUUGACAUCAUACAAACUGAGGCAGCAGACUUUGUGAAAAUUAAUGUGUCAUUCUCAAAACUUUUAGCCAUGACUGUACUUAGGUGACAGAGGCCACAUUGUCAGCAACCAUCACUCCUGUGUUCCAAUGGCAUGUUGUGUUAGCUAAUCCAAGUUUAUAAUUUUAAAAGGCUAAUUGAUCAUUAGAAAACCCUUUUGCAAUUUGUUUGCACAGCUGAAAACUGUAGUGAUGAUUAAAGAAGCAAUAAAACUGGCCUUCUUUAGACUAGUUGAGUAUCUGGAGCGUCAGCAUUUGUGGAUUCGAUUACAGGCUCAAAAUGGCCAGAAACAAAGAACUUUCUUCUGAAACUCGUCAGUCUAUUCUUGUUCUGAGAAAUGAAGGCUAUUCUAUGCAAAAAAUUGCCAAGACACUGAAGAUCUCUUCCAUCACUGUGUACUACUCCCUUCACAGAACAGCGCAAACUGGCUCUAACCAGAAUAAAAAGAGGAGUGGGAGGCCCCGGUGCACAACUGAGUAAGAGGAAAGGUACAUUAGUCUCUAGUUUGAGAAACAGACGCAUCACAAGUCCUCAACUGGCAGCUUCAUUAACUUCUCUGGGAUAGUUGGGACGCUAGCGUCCCAACUGACAAGCACCCCCAACCCCCCCCUCACUGAUUAGCAUCGCGUCACAAUGAAAAGGAAAAUCUAAAUAUCAUAAAAUCACAAGUCCAAGACACCAAAUGAAAGAUACAGAUCUUGUGAAUAAAGCCACCAUUUCAGAUUUUUAAAAUGUUUUACAGGGAAGACAAAAUAUGUAAAUCUAUUAGCUAACCACGUUAGCAAAAGACACCAUUUUUCUUUGUCCACCAUUUUCUCUCUCCACCAGUAGCUAUCACCAAUUCGGCCAAAUAAAGAUAUUGAUAGCCACUAACCAAGAAAAAACCUCAUCAGAUGACAGUCUGAUAACAUAUUUAUUGUAUAGGAUAGGUUUUGUUAGAAAAAUGUGCAUAUUUCAGGUAUAAAUCAUAGUUUACAAUUGCACCCACCAUCACAACUCGACUAGAAUAAAUACAGAGAGCAACGUGUAUUACCUAAUUACUAAUCAUAAAACAUUUCUUAAAAAAUACACAGCUCACAGCAAUGGAAAGACACAGAUCUUGUGAAUUCAGACAAUAUUUCAGAUGUUCUAAGUGUUUUACAGCGAAAACACAAUAAAUUGUUAUAUUAGCAUACCACAUGUGCAAACGUUACCCGAGCAUUGAUUCAAGCCAAAGAGAGCGAUAACGUAAUCAUCGCCAAAAUAUAUAAAUUUUUCCACUAACCUUCUCAGAAUUCUUCCGAUGACACUCCUGUAACAUCAUAUUACAACAUACAUAUAGGGUUUGUUCGAAAAUGUGCAUAUUUAGCCACAAAAAAACGUGGUUAUACAAUGACAAUACUAGCCUGAAAAUGCCGGGCUCCAUAUUUGACAGUGAUCUUGUCUCAUGAAUAACUAUUCAUAAACUUGACUAAAAAAAUAUGAGUUGGACAGCUAUCGAAAGACAAAUUAGUUCUUAAUGCAAUCGCUGAAUUACAUUUCUAAAAUUAUCCUUACUGUGCAAUACAGGGUUCGCCAAGCGAAGCUAUACCAAAGAAAAUGGCGGAAUAUGCGUUUAACAUUUUUCGACAGAACAACGAUUUAUCAUCUUAAAUAUUUCUUACUAUGAGGUGAUCUUCCAUCAGAAUCUUGGGCAAUGUAUCCUUUCUUGGGUCUAAUCUUCUUUUGGUCGAAAGAUGUCCUCUUGUCCGUCGAAAUGCCCACUAACGUUCGACCGGGACCCCGAAACGUGCCCGGCGCUCCAAAGUGCAUCACAAAGCAAUGCCUCAAAAUCGCACUAAACGGAUAUAAAUUGCUAUAAAACGGUUUAAAUUAACUACCUUAUGAUGUUUUUAACACCUAUAACGAGUAAAAACAUGACCGGUGAUAUAUUACUGGCUAAACAACAGCUUGGAAAGAGAGCAGGUCCGACGUCCAUCGUGCGUCAGGCGCAGGGAGCAAAAGAACGGUACAUCCGGUCUUUGGCCUUUUAUACAGGCCCUGAUUGCGCAAUCGACUCCAUUCAAAUUGUCACCACUUACUGACAUCUAGAGGAAGGCAUGGGCAGUGUUUGUAUCCUCAUAGCAUUUACAGGGACAUUAAAACUGACCUGGGACCAGAGGCCAAGAUUUCUGAAAUCUCACUCCAUAUCAGGAAAAGUGCUGUAGAAUGAGUUCUGUUCCACUUAGAGACAUAAUUCAAACGGCUAUAGAAACUAGAGAGUGUUUUCUAUCCAAUAAUAACAAUAAUAUGCAUAUUGUACGAGCAAGAAUUGAGUACUAGGCAGUUUAAUUUGGAGACCAAUUUUCCCUAAGUCGAAACAGCACCCCCUAUAUCCCAGAGAGGUUAAAUAGUACCCGCAAAACACCAAUCUCAACUCAAUGAAGAGGCAACUCCGUGAUGCUGGCCUGCUAGGCAGAUUUGUAAAGAAAAAGCCAUAUCUCAGACUGGCCAAUAAAAAGAAAAGAUUAAGAUGGGCAAAAGAACACAGACACUAGACAAAGGAACUCUGCCUAGAAGGCCAGCAUCCCGGAGUUGCCUCAUCACUGUUGCCGUUGAGACUGUUUUUUUGCGGGUACUAAACUUGGAUUAGCUAACACAGAAGUAAUGGUUGCUGAUAAUGGGCCUCUGUAUGCCUAAGUAAAUAUUCCAUUAAAAAUCAGCCUUUUCCAGCUACAAUAUUUAUUUACAACAUUAACAAUGUCUGCACUGUAUUUCUGAUCAAUUUGAUGUUAUUUUAAGGGACAAAAAAAUUGCUUUUCUUUCAAAAACAAGGACAUUUCUAAGUGACCCCAAACUUUUGAACGUUAGUGUAUAUAAAUUAGAUAUUUCUGUAUAUCAUUUUCAAUAAAUUAGCAACAUUUUCUAAAAACAUGUUUUCACUUUGUCAUUAUGGGGUAUUAUAUGUAGAUUGGUAAGGAAAACAAUCUAUUUAAUACAUUUUCAAUUCAGGCUGUAACACAACAAAAUGUGGAAUAUGUAAAUAGGUAUGAAUACUUUCUGAAGGCACUGUACCUACAGUAGAAAGGAGAGAAUAUCUUAUUUCUAAUGUCAACUUUAUUUCUCAACUCCUAAUAUUGAGCAAAUUACACUCACUGGAGGCAAUUACACUCACUGGAGUAUCUGACAGGCUUUGAAAAAGCAGCCGUGAAUAGGCUACCAGUGAGUGCCGAUGGCUGCUUUGACAUUCAUUUUUGCCAACUGCUCUUAGUGAAAUGUGUUUGGAGUUACCUUUCACGCUAAUAGGCUGUUAGGGUUUACACUUCCUCUUCCAAUUAGAAUGUGGGGAUUUCAAAAUAAUGAAAACGAUCUACCAAGUCAAUUCAUUUUAAAAUGUUGGUUACUUCUCCUUGCCAUUAUCAUUCACCUGAUGAUAAGAAACGUUUUUUUGUUAACGUAUGAUGGGGAUCCCUGGGUCGCCGGUUUGCCUGGGAGCAGGUCCCUGGGCAGGAAAAGGUUGAAGACCCCUGGUCUAAUGUGAUCUUUGUUUGAGGUACAAGGAAUGAUACGCUGUCCUGGUGGUUGAAAAGGUGACGUGAAGAAAGACCCUCAGUCAGUAAUACUCACACAGAUCAGUCCCAAUCACAAUCCUCUGUUGGAUGCCUGGAACAGUGUUAUGACCAGGCCACAAAUGCUGACGUCAUGUGUCAAUCAAAGCACACAGUCUUCCUUGCCUCAGUGUAUUACUAUUUGAGUCUACAACUCACAGCUCAAGCACAGAUCUAGGAUGCGUCCCAAAUCACAUCCUACAUAGUGCACUACUCCUGACCAGACGUAGUUUGAAUAAGGUGCCAUUUAUGAUGCAACCCUAGAGUUCACAACUCUGUCUCCUACACUACUCCAACUGAUGACUCAAAGCUACUGUAUACAUGUACUGUAGCAAGGGCUCACAGUCCAAUUCAUUUCUAAGGUUCACUGAGGUGAUGGGCCUAUUAUAUUCAGAACAGCAGUACUUACUAUUACUACUGACAUCAUCCAGGGCUCUCGAGUGGUGUAGCGGUCUAAUGCACUGCAUCUCAGUGCUAGAGGUGUCACUGCAGACCCUGGUUUGAUUCCAGGCUGUAUCACAACCGGCCGUGAUUGGGAGUCCCAUAAGGCGGCCCAGCGUCGUCCGGGUUAGGGUUUGGCCGGGGUAGGCCGGCAUUGUAAAUAAUCAUUUGUUCUUAACUGACUUGCCUCGUUAAAUAAAGGUUAAAUAAAACAUUUAAAAAUCCACCCACCACCAUGUAUUUAGAGAACUAUAUGGCUCUGUCCGCCUCUGCAUGCGUGUCACAGUCAUCAAGCUGUUUAUAUUUGAAUCACUGUGAAUUUAUUCAAGAGUUGCUUAAAGGCUCCGUCCAUCUGAAUCACAAAGAGUCAUUUUAUAUCUGGAUGUGAGAGAUGUUUGGAUUGCUGUUGGAGUCAUUUAAACCGAUGUCAACACUUAUGGAACACAGAGGAGGCGUUUUGAAAACGGUUCUUUGUGCCACUGUUAGAUUUUUUGAUAAGCCUCUGGUUAAGCCAUGCCUGCUGGGUUGAAAAAUAUCUGAAGCUCUCUGUUCCUUGAUAGUGGCGUUCUCAGGGGGCGGGGCUUUGUAGUGCCAGUGAAUCAGACACGGGUGUGAAUGGUGAGGUGGGCGGGGCUGUCAUAGAUGAGAAAAGCUUCUCUGUGUUGUGGUGAAUAAAAGCUAAAUUAAGCAGUU